UGUGUGUGUGAAGGAGAUGCUUUGGUUCGGCAAGUAUGACUUGUCUGCUUACUGUCUACAGGACUUAGCUCCCCGUGAGCCAUCAGCCACAAGCACCAUCUGUGCUCUCCAGGCAUGGGCUACCUAUCGGGGGAUGAGAUGUGUAAUAGAUGGCAAAGCUGCGCCUGCGCCAUGGGGCACACCGUGGAUUCUGAUGGCGGCCUGGGGAAGGAGGAUAAACAAGGCAGCAGAGUAGUGUGCAGUCAUUUACUUUGAAGUCCCGGAAGAGGAUCCCAUGAUUGACAGAAGGCCCUGACAUGUUUUCAGUGUAUUCCCAUCAUUGACUGUCCUGAAAUGUGUGAUCACCUCACAAAGAUGGCACUUCCAUCCUUUUUAUGACUGCCACUCCUUCGGAUCUGCUUGAUCUGCUCAUCAGUGCAUAGAUACUUGGAUGGUUUCCAUCUCUUUGCUAUGAUUAACGUGACACAGUCAGGAGGACUUGUACCGUCACCCGCCCCCUCUGUGGGGGGGUGCUGAGAGUGGGGAAGCAUGGAGGAGAGGAAGCAUGAGACCAUGAACCAAGCUCAUGUCCUCUUUGACCGGUUUGUCCAGGCCACCACGUGCAAGGGAACUCUCAGGGCCUUCCAAGAGCUCUGUGACCACCUGGAACUGAAGCCCAAGGACUACCGCUCCUUCUAUCACAGGCUCAAGUCCAAGCUGAACUAUUGGAAAGCCAAAGCCCUCUGGGCAAAGCUGGACAAGCGGGGCAGUCACAAAGACUACAAGAAGGGAAAAGCGUGUACUAACACCAAGUGUCUCAUCAUUGGAGCUGGCCCCUGUGGUCUCCGGACAGCCAUAGAUUUAUCCUUAUUGGGAGCCAAGGUGGUCGUUAUUGAGAAACGGGAUGCCUUUUCUCGCAACAAUGUCUUGCACCUUUGGCCAUUCACCAUACAUGAUCUACGAGGUCUGGGCGCCAAGAAGUUCUAUGGCAAGUUCUGUGCUGGAGCCAUUGACCACAUCAGCAUCCGUCAGCUCCAGCUGAUACUCUUGAAAGUAGCGUUGAUCCUAGGAAUUGAAAUACAUGUCAAUGUGGAAUUCCAAGGACUCGUACAACCGCCCGAGGAUCAAGAAAACGAACGGAUAGGUUGGAGGGCACUGGUGCACCCCAAAACCCAUCCUGUAUCAGAGUAUGAAUUUGAAGUGAUCAUCGGCGGGGAUGGCCGCAGAAACACCUUGGAAGGAUUUCGUCGGAAAGAAUUUCGUGGCAAACUGGCCAUUGCCAUUACUGCAAAUUUUAUUAACCGAAAUACGACAGCAGAAGCCAAAGUGGAAGAGAUCAGUGGUGUGGCUUUCAUAUUCAACCAGAAGUUUUUCCAGGAACUGAGGGAAGCUACAGGUAUUGACUUGGAGAACAUCGUCUACUACAAGGAUGACACGCAUUAUUUUGUAAUGACAGCCAAGAAGCAGAGCUUAUUGGACAAAGGCGUCAUCUUGCAUGACUACGCUGACACGGAGCUGUUGCUCUCCCGGGAGAACGUGGACCAAGAGGCUCUGCUGAACUACGCCAGAGAGGCAGCAGACUUCUCCACCCAGCAGCAGCUGCCAUCCCUGGAUUUUGCCAUCAAUCACUAUGGGCAGCCCGACGUGGCCAUGUUUGACUUCACUUGCAUGUAUGCCUCCGAGAAUGCUGCCUUGGUACGGGAGCACAACGGCCACCAGCUGCUGGUGGCCCUGGUUGGGGACAGCCUCCUGGAGCCCUUUUGGCCCAUGGGAACAGGAAUAGCCCGAGGCUUUCUGGCUGCUAUGGACUCUGCCUGGAUGGUACGAAGUUGGUCUCUAGGGACAAGCCCCUUGGAGGUCCUGGCAGAAAGGGAGAGCAUCUACAGACUGCUGCCUCAGACCACUCCUGAGAAUGUGAGCAAAAACUUCAGCAAAUACAGCAUCGAUCCUCUGACUAGGUACCCCAAUAUUAACGUCAACUUCCUUCGGCCAAGCCAGGUACGCCAUUUGUAUAACACUGGAGAAAUGAAAGAUAUUCACCUGGAAAUGGAGAACCUGGUGAAUUCCCGAACCACCCCAAAGUUGACUCGGAACGAGUCUGUAGCCCGCUCAAGCAAACUCUUGGGUUGGUGCCAAAGGCAAACGGAUGGCUAUGCCGGGGUCAACGUGACUGAUCUCACCAUGUCGUGGAAGAGUGGCUUGGCCCUCUGUGCCAUUAUCCACAGGUUCCGCCCUGACCUGAUAGAUUUUGAUUCUUUGGAUGAGCAGAAUGUGGAGAAGAAUAACCAGCUGGCCUUCGACAUUGCUGAGAAAGAACUGGGCAUCUCUCCCAUCAUGACAGGCAAAGAGAUGGCCUCCGUGGGGGAACCCGACAAGCUGUCCAUGGUCAUGUACCUGACUCAGUUCUACGAGAUGUUUCGGGACUCUCUGCCUGCCAGCGACUCCUUGGACCUGAAUGCUGAGGAGAAAGCCGUCCUGAUUGCCAGCACCAAGUCCCCCAUCUCCUUCCUGAGCAAGCUUGGGCAGACCAUCUCUAGGAAGCGUUCUCCCAAGGACAAAAAGGAGAAGGACUUGGAUGGUGCUGGAAAGAGGAGGAAGACCAGCCAGUCAGAGGAGGAGGAACCUCCACGGGCCUACAGAGGAGAAAGGCCAACGCUGGUGAGCACUCUGACGGACAGGAGGAUGGACAUUGCCGUCGGGAACCAGAACAAAGUGAAGUACAUGGCAACCCAGCUGCUGGCCAAAUUCGAAGAGAAUGCGCCCGCACAGUCCACCAGCAUCAAGAGACAGGGUUCCAUGAAGAAGGAGUUCCCCCAGAACUUGGGAGGCAGUGACACGUGCUAUUUCUGCCAGAAGCGGGUCUACGUCAUGGAGAGGCUGAGUGCCGAGGGCAAGUUUUUCCACCGGAGCUGCUUCAAAUGCGAGUACUGUGCCACUACCCUGCGCCUCUCCGCCUACGCCUAUGACAUCGAAGACGGUAAAUUCUACUGUAAACCACACUACUGUUACCGACUGUCUGGCUACGCACAGCGGAAGAGACCAGCGGUGGCUCCUCUGUCUGCAAAGGAGGCCAAAGGACCCCUGCAGGAUGGCCCCACUGCAGACACAAAUGGACGGGCCAGCACCACCACCAGCUCGGCUGAGAGAACCCCAGGGUCAAGCGUGAACGGCCUGGAGGAGCCGAGCAUUGCCAAGCGGCUGAGGGGCACCCCUGAGCGCAUUGAGCUGGAGAACUACCGCCUGUCCGUGAGGCAGGCGGAGGAGCUGGAGGAGGUGCCCGAGGAGACGCAGGCCGAGCACAAUCUGAGCAGCGUGCUGGACAAGGGCACUGAGGAAGAUGUGGCCAGCAGCAGUUCCGAGUCUGAGAUGGAGGAAGAGGAGGAGGAGGAGGAGGAAGAGCCCGGGCUGCCCCCCUCCGACUUGGGUGGUGUCCCCUGGAAGGAGGCGGUGAGAAUCCAUGCUCUUCUGAAAGGAAAAAGUGAAGAGGAGCUGGAGGCCUCCAAGACCUUCGAGCCUGGCAAUGAAGAGGAAGAGGAAGACGAGGAAGAAGAAUAUGAGGAAGAGGAGGAGGAAGAGUAUGACGAGGAAGAGGAAGAGUCCAGUGAAGUCGGGAACCAGAGGCUGCAGCAGAUGAGAAUCCCAGCUGACCCCUUGGCAAUCCAGGCCGAUGUACACUGGACGCACAUUCGUGAGAAAGAGGAGGAAGAGAGAAGGGUGCCAACCUCUGACUCCUCUACUUCCAGAGUCCCAUUGGAUGAGAAUGACCUGGAGGAAGAUGUGGACUCAGAGCCAGCAGAGAUAGAAGGGGAGGCGACAGAGGAAGGGGAGCCAGGGGACACUGGUGCCGAGCUGGACGAUGAUCAGCACUGGUCUGACGACCUCCCAUCCGAUGCUGAGACGGAGCUGCGUCUGCGGCGCCAGGCCGAGGUGGAAGCCGACCUGGAGCUGAGAGUGUCGGAGAACGAGGAAGAGGCAGCACCUGCGUCGACAGAGCGGCAGGAGAGAGCUGCCUCCCAAAUCUCCAGCCCCAUCCGGUCCCCUCAGGAACAAGCUGUUCCAUGCAGUCCAGUCCACAGCCCUGUGGCGGAGGGACCCCAAGUCACACCCACCCCAGCUGCCACCACAGUGCGAUCUCCCAGCGAGCGCUUCUUCCCCGAGCCUUCCCUCCCCCGGGAAAAGCCCCAAACAGAAUCACCCAGCGACCACAAAGCUGGGCUCUCCCCUAUCCGAUCACAGCCAGUGGCUCUGCCAGAAGCCAGGACACCUACCUCACCCGCCAGUACCCAGCCCGUGUCACCCUUGGUACCCCCCUCGCCCUCUUCCACCCAGCUCCCCAUUUGCUCCCAGCCUCAGCCAACCUCGGAAGCCACCAUCCCAUCCCCCACCCAGUCCCCCAUCCGCUUCCAACCUGCCCCUGCCAAGACCUCCACCCCUCUGCCCGCCCUCGCCACGAGGAGCCCCGGUGACACCAAGGGCAGCCCUUUGGCUGUGGACGAGGCCCUGAAGCGGAACGACCUGGUGGAGGAGUUCUGGAUGAAAAGCGCUGAGAUCCGCCGCAGCCUGGGCCUCUCGCCCGUGGAUCGGAGCAAGGGGCCCGAGCCCAGCUUCCCCUCCCCUGCCUUUAAGCCGGUGUCCCUGAAAUCCUAUUCUGUCGAGAAGUCCCCUCAGGAUGAGGGGCUUCGUCUUCUGAAACCCCCACCUGUUCCCAAAAGGCUGGGCCUGCCCAAGUCAGAUGGCGACCAGCCGUCCCUACUGACCCCCAAGUCGCCAUCGGACCGAGAGCUCAGGAGCUCCCAUGAGGAACGCAGGGACCUGUCCAGCAGCUCGGGCCUAGGCCUCCAUGGCAGCUCCUCCAACAUGAAGACCUUGGGCAGUCAGAGCUUCAACACCUCGGACUCCACCAUGCUCACUCCACCUUCCAGCCCGCCCCCACCCCCGCCCCCCAACGAGGAGCCCGCCACACUUCAGCGGAAGCCCUAUCAGCCCAAGGAGGUCGGGCCCAAGGCCUCCAUCAUCCCACCACCUCCACCUGCCCCGUUCAUGAGGCCCCCCCGAGAGCCCGCCCAGGCCCCCAGGGAAGAGGUCCGGAAGUCCUUCAUUGAGAGCGUGGAUGAGAUCCCCUUUGCUGACGAUGUGGAAGACACAUACGAUGACAAGACGGAGGACUCGAGUCUGCAAGAGAAGUUCUUCACCCCGCCCUCCUGCUGGCCCCGUUCUGAGAGGACCCCCCAAGCCUCCGGGGCCAGGGAGAACGGCCGGCUGCCCACCCUGGAGCCUGGGGCCGUGCCUCAGAAGAGGACCUUGCCCUUGGUCUCCCCAGAAGCCAAGGAGCUGGCAGAGGAGCGCAUGCGAGCCCGGGAGAGAUCUGUGAAGAGCCAGGCGCUGAGGGAUGCCAUGGCCAAGCAGCUGAGCAGGAUGCAGGACAUGGAGACGGCCAUCGGGGCCUCGCGGGCCCGCAGAGUGCCCUCCACGCCCUCCCAGGGCAAGGAAGUGGCCUCCAAGUCCCCCAAGCGCCUGAUCCCCAAGGGUUCCGAGGAGCCGACCCUGAAGCACGAGGCCACCAGCGAGGAGGUCCUCUCCCCGCCGUCGGACUCCGGGGGCCCAGACGGCUCUGUCACCUCAUCCGAGGGCUCCAGUGGGAAGAGCAAAAAGAGGUCAUCCCUGUUCUCCCCCCGCAGAAACAAGAAAGAGAAGAAGCCCAAAGAUGAGAGCAGGCCGCCAGAGAAACUAGGCCCCGGUCUCCUGGAGGAGGCGGCCGCCAAGCCCAAGUCCCUGUGGAAAUCUGUCUUCUCUGGGUACAAGAAGGACAAGAAGAAGAAGAGUGAUGAGAAAUCCUGUUCCAGCACUCCUUCCAGUGGCACCACUGGGGACUCGGGGAAACACAGGAUGUCCCCCAUCGUGAGAGCAGAGCUGCAGCUCCGGCGUCAGCUGAGUUUGUCAGAGGACUCUGACCUGUCCAGCGAUGACAUCCUUGAGAAGUCCUCGCAGAAGUCCAGGCGAGAGCCCAGAACCUACACAGAGGAGGAACUGAAUGCUAAGCUGACCCGGCGCGUUCAGAGGGCAGCCCGGAGACAGGCCAAACAAGAGGAACUGAAGCGACUGCAUCGAGCUCAGAUUAUUCAGCGGCAGCUGGAGCAGGUGGAGGAGAAGCAGAGGCAGCUGGAAGAGAGAGGAGUUGCUGUGGAGAAGGCGCUGCGGGGCGAAGCAGGCAUGGGCAAGAAGGAUGACCCCAAACUUAUGCAAGAGUGGUUCAAGUUGGUGCAAGAGAAAAACGCCAUGGUGCGCUACGAGUCGGAGCUGAUGAUUUUUGCCCGGGAGCUAGAGCUGGAAGACCGACAGAGCCGCCUACAGCAGGAGCUGCGGGAGCGAAUGGCAGUGGAAGAUCACCUGAAGACCGAGGGGGAGUUAGCAGAGGAGAAGAAGAUCCUGAAUGAGAUGCUAGAGGUGGUGGAACAGAGGGACUCUUUGGUAGCCCUGCUGGAGGAGCAGAGACUCCGGGAGAAGGAAGAGGACAAGGACCUGGAGGCUGCCAUGCUGUCCAAGGGCUUCAGCCUGAACUGGUCCUGAGCCCCGGGAGCUCACGCCUUGGUCUGUCGGCUGCAUCUGCCUGCCUGGGAUGCAUUCUCCCAACCCCCCAGAUCCCAGAUCUGGGAAGGCCUGGCACUUCAUGGGCAUCUGUACUCUCGCCGCGUGCCUCCUGAAAGUGGGGUCGGGUUCCAUGUGCUGUGGGGAGACUACAAGCAACAGUGUUUAUCUGAGGCUGCUCUGCCUCCUCGGAAGAUGCUCAUCCAGGCUCCCCAAUGGAGAAGAGAGAGAGAGAGGAGCCUUUGCGUUUGAAGCAGGAAUAGGGGAAGCCAUGCAGUCCCUGAGGGCGCACCGCCGGCGCCUGCUGUUCCGCAGGCCCACACGGUAAGAGAAAAAUGCUGCUUCCUUGUGAAACCACAGCCCCCCACCAAGUGCAGCUGUCUUCCUCAUGCUCCUGGUAGCACCACCAAAGAAAUGAAAUAAAGAACCAAGCGAAUGGAGACAUGAGAGAGGAGCGACGGCCACCCCAGCCCUGCAGUGCAAGCAGAGGAGCAGGCAGGCCCCAGAGUCCGUUAUGCAAGUUAGGAGGUGCGGGAUGGGUCUGUCCCAGUCCUCACACCACACACUGGACCCCAAGUGGCCAAACGCCCCAGGCUUCUCUUGGCUAUGGCCUGAGACCUGUGGAUUGCUGCAUUUUGCUUUUUAGUUCACAACCGUUUUUGACACUGGAAAGUACUGACUUUGGGGAAGCGGGUUGAGGCCAUACAUUUCAAGCCCCUAGGUGACAGGCAGGCAUCGUCCCUGCUUAGUGCUUCCCGUCGGGGCAGGAGGUCACCUUUUUCCUUGGCGUUUUUCCUGUGUUUGCACAU